AUGGCACCUAAAUCUACUACCUUGACCACAAAGGUCGAGAGUGGUUCCCCAUAUCAACUUGAUCAUGAUCAGGUAUUGAAAGCAUCUACUGCACUCAUCAAACAUAUCUCUAGCACCAAGGCUGAAAAAGCCAAAAAAGCAGGCGCUCAAAACCUCCUCGCCGAAAAUGACGACGACGAUGCAGAAUCCACCCCAGUUUGGUUAACACUCACGACUAAAAAGCACAUCACCGACAAAACUAAGCUCAAGCCUGUUAAAGUGACUGUUCCCCAUUCCCUUAACACCUCCAGCACCACUUCCAUCUGUCUGAUCGUUGCCGACCCUCAACGAACCUACAAAGAUAUCGUUGCCUCCGCCGCCUUCCCCGCCGAACUCUCCAAGCGCAUCACCAAGGUUGUCGGUGUCGACAAACUCAAGAAGAAAUACAAGCAAUAUGAAGCGCAACGCAAACUAUUCGCCGAACAUGAUAUUUUCGUUGCAGAUGAUAGAAUUAUCACUCUGUUGCCCAAAUUAUUAGGCAAAAAUUUCUACAAAUCGACUACCAAGCGUCCUAUUCCCGUUUCUAUCCAAGCUGAAGCUCCUAAAUCCGAGGGCAAGAGAAUCGCAAGGGCUAAGGGGGAGGAUGCACCAAAGUCGGCUGAGCCAAAGAAGAUUGCGGCGGAGAUUGAAAAGGCUAUUUCGAGUGCAUUGCUCACGUUGAGUAGCUCGACAAAUAGUGCGAUUAGAAUUGGUUAUGCAAGUUGGGAUGCGGCAAAAUUGGCCGAGAAUUUGGAGGUAGUGGCUAAUACUGUGAUUGAGAAGUAUGUUCCUAAGAAAUGGAGAGGAGUUCGAGCAAUCCAUGUCAAAGGACCGGAGACCAUGGCGCUUCCUAUCUGGCUGGCCGAUGAAUUGUGGGUUGAGGAUGAAGAUGUUUUGGAUGAGAGUGUAGUUCGUGAAAUUGAGGAGAGAGUCGCAGAGAAGAAGAAUAAGAAGAGGAAGAGCAGGGGCAUUGAGGGAAGCGAGGUUGAAGAAAAGGGAGGAGAGGAGAAGAAGCAAAAGUUGUUGGAGAGUAACGACGAUAAAUUGGAUAAGGAGAUUGCAUUGAGGAAGGAAAUGUUGAAGAAACAAAAGGAGGAUGCGGCGAAGGAGUUGGAUGCUAUUCCCGUGGUGGUUAAGAAGACCAAGAAGACCAAGAAGGUUGUUGCUUAA